AUGACGGCUACCCGCUACUUUGCCUGUUGUGUGAUGCAGAUCGUCAAUGGGCUUCUGUACAACCAAGACUUAGGGUACACGGAUCUGAUCGAUGCGACGGAUGAGAAUGGAAACACCGCGCUCAUUUACGCAUCUGCGAAGGGCUUCCGGCAAAGCACGGCAGCGCUUCUUCGAAGUGGCGCAGACCCCGAUGUCGCAAACCAGGGCCACGGCGGGCGGACGCCGCUGAUGGAGGCAGCGGGCGCCGGACACAAGGACUUAGUUUCCGCCCUGCGGCUUUCGAACGCCACAGUG